UUUUUGGGCCACUUAAAUUGCAGGAAGGGAGCAUUGACUAAAGUGAUAUUUCCAUGUGAGUACAAAAUCAAAUCUCGCAAUUAUUGAACGGCUGAUUAUGUUAUGAUAUAAUUAAUGUUAAAGAUGGUAUAAACUUUCAUGAAAAAUGGUUAGUAAAUUGUUGUCAUGUACCAAAAAAAAAAAAAAAAAACUUCUUGUCUCUUCAUGCCAAGUUCUCUCUCUCUCUUCAUGCCAAGGUUAUGUGUGUGAGAAAAAAUAGUUACUUAUCUUGUUCUCUUAACAGAUAUUUGAUUAGUUUUCUUGGAGCUCUUUUGCUUCUUGUUUUUGCAGGAAACAAGAGACAAGUGAGCUAAAUUGUAGUUAUCAUGGUAGCUGAUUCUUGGCUCACAAAUCUUGAUUGUUCUGCUUCUUCUACCCACUCCUCAGAUAAUACUUCUUUUGUCUUAGUUGUUAUAGAAUGGCUUAAGUUCAUUUUUCUUUCACCAUGUCCUCAGAGGAUUCUGUUAUCUUCUGUUGAUCUGCUUUUCUUGUUUGUUCUACUUGUACUAGCUGUUAAAAAGUUAAGUUCAAGAUUUGUCAUCAAGAAUGAAAAUUCAACAGCUUCUCUUGAUAAACCUCUACUAGGUGGUGAUGAAAGGUUUCAAUUUAGGGUCACCUUUUGGUUCUAUGGAUCUUUAGUCGUGACAGCUCUUUUAGCCAUAUGUAAUUCUGUUCUUUGCAUGUUGGCCUUUAGUCAAGGUGUUCAAUCAAGAUGGGAAAUAACAGAGGCUUUUUUCAGACUAAUUCAUGGUGUAACUUAUUUUGCUAUUUUUGUUUUGAUUGUACACGAGAGGAGAUUUGUUGCUGUUUCUCAUCCCAUGGCACUUCGUGUCUAUUGGGGGAUGAGUUAUGCUAUAGUGCUUCUCUUUGCAAUUACUGCUAUUGCUCGUCUGUUCUUUACUGGAGACAAUUUGGUUUUGAGAAUGGAUGAUAUAGUUGUCUUGGUUUGCUUCCCUUUGUAUUUGUGUCUUCUUGUUGCUGCUAUAAGAGGAUCAUCUGGAAUUUGUAGAACCAGCCAACUGGAAAAUGGUGGAAAUUCUAGGCUAGAAACAGAUGAGUUGGAUUCUAAUGUGAGUGGAUAUGGCACCGCUUCGCUGUUCUCUAGAUUGGUGUGGAAUUGGAUGAAUCCAGUGCUUAGUAAAGGAUACGAAUCCCCUUUAAAGUUAGAUGAAGUGCCUUCGCUUCCACCUGAUUUUAGAGCUGAAAGAAUGGCUGAUUUUUUCGAAAAAAAUUGGCCUAAGCCAGGUGAAAAUGUGAAGUAUCCUGUACUAAUGACAUUAUUCCGAUGUUUCUGGAAAGACAUUGUUAUAAUUAGUGUCCUUGCGAUAGUACAGUUGGUUGUUAUGUAUAUUGGACCAGUUCUAAUCCAGAGUUUCAUUAAUUUUACUUCUGGGGAUAGAUCAAACCCUUAUGAGGGGUAUUAUCUAGUCCUGGUUCUAUUUGUUUCCAAAGUAAUUGAAGUUGUUACGUCACAUCACUUCAAUUUCCAAUCUCAGAUGCUUGGAAUGAAGAUUCGGUCAUCCCUUAUCACUACUUUAUACAAGAAAGGCCUCAGAUUGACUUGUUCUUCUAGACAGGCUCAUGGUGUUGGACAAAUAGUGAAUUAUAUGGCUGUUGAUUCCCAACAGCUUUCUGACAUGAUGUUACAGCUGCAUUCACUAUGGCUGAUGCCAUUACAACUUGGAGCUUCAUUACUUCUCUUGUAUUAUUACAUGGGUGUUUCAAUGUUCGCUGCAUUUAUUUUAAUUAUUGGAGCUAUGAUCAGUACAUUGUGGAUGACGCGCAAAAACAAUCAGUUCCAGCUCCAGUUGAUGUUGAAGCGCGAUUCAAGGAUGAAGGCUAUAAAUGAACUGUUGGGAAAUAUGCGUGUCAUCAAGUUUCAGGCAUGGGAAGAACACUUCAAAGAAAAAAUCCGCUCUUUACGUAAUAAGGAAUUUAGUUGGCUUAGUAAGUUUAUGUACUUGCUUUCUUGCAACUUGUCAGUACUGUGGAGUAUGUCACAGGUCAUAGCAGCUUUUACAUUUGGAGCUGCAAUCAUUUUCAAAAUCCCUUUAGAUGCUGCGACAGUAUUCACAGCAACAACAGUCUUCAGAAUUUUACAGGAUCCUAUCAGAACCUUCCCCCAGUCCCUUAUGUCGCUUUCACAAGCCAUGAUAUCUCUAGGUAGGUUAGAUGGAUAUAUGACAAGCCGUGAAUUGGAUCAUAAAGUUGUCGAAAGAGAAGAAGGCUGUAGUGGGAGGAUUGCGGUGGAGGUGAAAGAUGGGAUGUUUUCAUGGGAAGAUGAUGGUGAUCAAAUUGUUCUGAAAGACAUAAAUGUUGAAAUUCGAAAGGGGGAACUUGCUGCAAUUGUUGGAAUGGUUGGAUCAGGAAAGUCUUCUUUGUUGGCAUCAAUUCUUGGUGAACUUCAUAAGUUAUCGGGAGAGGUCAGAGUCUGUGGAAGCACUGCUUAUGUUGCCCAAACCUCAUGGAUACAGAAUUGUAGUAUCCAAGAAAACAUCUUGUUUGGUUCGCCAAUGAACGACAAAAGAUACAAAGAUGUACUCCGGGUUUGUUCCUUGGAGAAAGACUUCGAAAUUCUGGAACAUGGAGACCAAACUGAGAUAGGAGAACGAGGAAUCAACCUCAGCGGAGGUCAGAAGCAGAGGAUACAACUCGCAAGAGCAGUAUAUCAGGACCGCGACAUCUAUCUUCUUGAUGAUAUUUUUAGCGCUGUAGAUGCUCAAACUGGGUCAGAAAUAUUUAAGGAAUGUGUAAGGGGAGCUUUGAUGGAUAAGACUAUUGUUCUUGUCACUCACCAAGUUGACUUCUUGCACAAUGCAGAUCUUAUAUUGGUCAUGAGAGAUGGUAAGAUUGUGCAGUCUGGCAAAUAUGAAGAGCUUUUAGAAGCGGGUAUGGAUUUUGGUGAUCUUGUUGCUGCACAUGAGAACUCAAUGGAGCUCAUGGAAAGUAGCACUGGUGCUUCUGGUGAAUGCGACCUGCAAACACCAAAAUCACCUCAUCAACUAACGCCAAAGUCACCCCACCAGAAAUGUCAAGAGGAGGCUAAUGGUGGAAGCAGUUCUUUAGACCAACAACCAAAAGGUAGCUCCAAGCUUAUCAAAGAUGAGGAAAGAGAGACUGGUCAUGUCAGUUUUGAUGUCUACGAGCAGUACUUCACAGAGGCUUUUGGAUGGUGGGGAGUAGCAGCUGUAGUAAUUAUUUCUUUAUUUUGGCAAGGGUCCACUAUGUUGAGUGACUAUUGGCUAGCAUAUGAAACUUCAGAGGACCAUAUAUUCAAUCCUUCUCUAUUUAUAGAGGUUUACUCAUUCAUAGCUGUCAUUUGUUGCAUCUUUGUGGUCGGCAGAUCAUUUCUUGUCGCGUUUUUGGGUCUCAAAACAGCUCAACGUUUCUUCGAUCAAAUUCUCGAUAGCAUACUGCAUGCUCCAAUGUCAUUCUUUGACACUACUCCAUCAGGAAGAAUAUUAAGUCGAGCAUCAACUGAUCAGGCAUAUGUUGAUUUUAUGAUUCCACUGUUUCUAAGUAUUGUGCUUCUGAUCUACUUUUCAUUAGUUGGCAUGCUGUUCAUAACAUGCGUGAGUGCUUGGCCAACUAUCUUCCUUAUAAUCCCCCUAGUUUGGCUCAAUAUCUGGUACCGGAGAUACUACAUUGCAUCCUCGCGCGAAAUAACCAGACUUGGUUCAAUCACCAGAGCUCCAAUCCUCCAUCACUUCUCUGAAACCAUAUCAGGCAUCAUGACUUUACGCUGCUUCAGGAAGCAGGAUAAGUUCUUUCAAGGAAAUGUUGAGAGGGUCAAUGCUAAUCUACGGAUGGAUUUCCACAACAGUGCAUCAAAUGAGUGGCUAGGUCUUCGCCUAGAGUUUAUUGGUAGUAUUUUGAUCUGCAUUGCUACCACUAUCAUGGUCGUGUUGCCAAGCUUUGUUAUCCCACCAGAAUACGUUGGCUUGGCACUAUCCUAUGGACUGCCUCUAAAUAGUGUGCUCUUUUAUGCCGUGUUCAUGAGCUGUACGGUUGAGAACAGAAUGGUUUCAGUUGAAAGGAUAAAGCAGUUCAUAAGAAUACCAUCAGAAGCUUCAUGGAGGAUAGCAAAUUGUCUUCCAUCUUUGGAUUGGCCAUAUCAUGGUGAUAUUGAGAUCAAUAACUUGAAGGUUCGGUACAGGUCCGAUACACCACUGGUUCUGAAAGGGAUCUCUCUUAGAAUUAAUGGAGGAGAAAAAAUUGGCGUUGUUGGCCGGACUGGAAGUGGGAAGUCCACUCUCAUACAAGUUUUCUUUAGGCUGGUGGAACCUUCAUCUGGAACCAUCAUCAUUGACGGUGUUGACAUUUGCAAGCUAGGACUUCAUGAUCUUAGAUCACGCUUCGGUAUCAUUCCUCAAGAACCAGUUCUAUUUCAAGGGACAGUUAGAAGCAAUAUUGAUCCACUAGAACAGUAUUCAGAUGAUGAAAUAUGGAAGAGUCUUGAGCGCUGCCAAUUAAAAGAUGUGGUAGCAGCAAAGCCUGAGAAACUUGAUGCUCCAGUGGUAGAAAGUGGAGACAACUGGAGUGUUGGACAAAGGCAACUCCUUUGCUUAGGGAGAGUCAUGCUCAAGAAAAGUAAGAUUCUGUUCAUGGAUGAAGCAACAGCUUCUGUUGACUCUCAAACUGAUGCUGUCAUCCAGAGGAUCAUCCGCGAGGACUUUGCAGCCUGCACUAUUAUCACCAUUGCUCACCGAAUACCAACUGUGAUUGACUGUGACCGUGUGCUCGUUGUAGAUGAUGGAUGGGCAAAGGAAUUUGAGAGACCAGCUACCUUGCUUGAAAGGCCAUCAUUGUUUGCAUCAUUGGUUCAAGAGUACUCCAACAGAUCAACAGGUGUAUGAAUAAAAAUUACUUAAGUUUGGAUGUUUGAGUCCGAUUAGCAAAAAGUUGCACGAUAUUUUCUUUGUAUCUCUGUUGUCAAAAUUCCCUUUUUAGAAGUGCAGCUCUUGUAUCCGAAUUUUGUAGUCAAAUAAUUUUUAGAUGAGUGAUCAUGUAACAUGAUAUUUUUCUAAAAUAAUGUGUUAUUUUUUA